AUGCCGAUAACGACAAAGAGCCUGACCUCGUCCGGCUGGGUGACACGUCGGCUGCGCAGUCCAACCGGACCGCACCGACCCAGCGGCGCCGAAACCGGCCGACGAGCGAAAACCCCUAAACUUGAAAGGAAGCGAAGCGAGCUACGGCGGGAGAUGAACGGCCGAAGUUUACGGCCGAAGUUUCGAGCCAAAGACUUCUUGCUGAAGAAAAAGAGUGCAAAAGGUCGAGCACUCUUCUUCUUCGGCCAUUGUCUCCAAUGUCGCCGAUGUCGCCUCGAAUUAAGCCUUCCUAGUGCGCCGAAUCUCCUGCAAUCUGCAUUUUGUGUGCUUGACGUGAUCCUUAUGUGCGUUCUUGAGCAUUUACCGUGUCCUGAAGCUUUAUUCUUGGCCGAAACGAGAGGAGCAGCAAAGCACUGUGCUUCCGACAAUUCUAAACUUGCCAGCGACGAGAUCCACGUACUCAUUCUCAUACUCGUUUCUUGUUUUCGCAACUUGUCUUGAAUAACUGGAUGUGAGUCUCACGAGCAUCUAUGGGAACUUCAAUACUAUAGUAUUGAUGUCUACAGAAUUCACUCUGGAUGUGUUCGAACAUCGGUGGCAAGAGUUCGAUACGUUAGGAGGAUCCAUAUUAGAGAUGCUUCUUUCUUUGAUCUGGCUUGACACAUUCUGUCGAAGUUCCUAUCGUUCGUGAGUUGCGGGUUGAAUGUUCCGCAUAUCUCCAUACGGAACAGGGCAAGGUUUACAAGGGAAAGAAACAUGGUCUCCAUGGCUUUUCCAAGAAGCAAAUGGCUGGAUUCGUACACUGGGACAUUUUAGCAGUCAAUUGAAGUAUUAUUGAUCUUGGCCGUGGUUGCAAUGGAAGAUGUCAAGCAGAUUAUAAUGCUCUCACCCAAUGGCAAACCAAUUGUUCCAACCGGAGAGAAGAUGCCUCGGGAGGGAACGGCGAAAACACAUACAGGGGACAAAGCGCUUUUGGAUAUUCAGCAGGCUUUCUGGUAUGUGGGACGGAGGAAAGAAGAAGUACAUGUAAAGUCACGAAUGAAAAGUAUUAAUGAUUGGGAUAUGUAAAAAAUAAUUAUUUAAAUUAUGCAACAUAUAGAACUUGAGAGGGGGAUUUUCUGGGAAUAUGGGAGGAGGAAGGAGCUUAUUCUGACCGUUUUCGGAAGAUCUCCUAGCUAUUGUGCUUCCGUUAUUUGAAGUGCAGUCCCAUGGUAGAGGGUCUUCAUUACUGUUGGUGCAGUCUUCCACUUGAGGCUCAUGUUCCUUCAGAGAACUUGGAGGAAAGCUACGGAAAGCUCAUCACUUGCAGAACGAGAUCUCAACACCCGCUUUCCAAUGAAAGCGGGUGGGGUCUUCUUCCCAUCUUUUUUGGGUAUAUUGUUCGGUACCCUUCUUUCCAGAAAAUAGUUUUAAAAGUAAAAGACUACACCAACUCUAUGGGAGAAAGGCUUUAGGUUAGUCAUUCUCCUACUUUUGACAAGCAUGUUAAUACAAGCUAGCUUGGAAUGGGAUAUUGGAAAAGGAUACAAGCAGGCACUAAGAACACAAUGAAACACUAUCCAUUCAGUUUUUAUAAAGGCCGGAUAUUAUUCCACCCUAGCUUCAUAAAGCAGAGGAGAGAGCAAAUGUUCUCAGUGAUAGAUCAUUGUGUCCAUUGGGAGUCUAAUGUUGCAUACUAGCAAGUCCGCAGUUCUUGUGGUGACUUGGAGUCUAGUGAAGCAUCACUAAUCAUAACAAUCUUUCUUUUUUUCAUAUAAGUCAAUUGAAGAUGUG